AUGAUGAUGUCCUUGGUCCGUAUCAUAAAGCCACGCACUCUUGCGAAGGCGGUGCGCAACGUGCACGUCGAGCGAAAGCUGGAGGAACUGGGCUACACGCUACCAGCCGUGGCCGACCCCAAGGGCAAUUACCGCACAUCGGUGCGUUCAGGCAACACCAUUUACCUGGCUGGCCAUCUACCCCAACCUGCAGGCGGUGGUGAUCUUAUUUUGGGCAAGAUCGGCAAAGACUUGACGCUGGAGCAGGGCUAUGACGCUGCUCAUUACGUGGCGCUCAGCCUCAUGGCUACACUCAAGAACGAAGUGGGUGAUCUGGACAAAAUCAAGCGCAUAGUGAAGCUCGUGGGCUUUGUCAAUUGCGUCGAUGGAUUCUCCCAGCAGCCAGCGGUCAUCAACGGCGCGUCCGACACCAUUGGCAAAGUGUUUGGUGACAAGGGCAUCCACGCUCGCUCGGCUGUGGGCACGAACGCCCUUCCGCUCAACGUGGCUGUGGAAAUCGAGGCCGUCGUCGAAGUUGAGAAGUAA